GUUGAAUGUUCGAAUGUGCGAAUAUGAAACCAACUUUACCUCGGUUCUUUAGUGACCAUAGAGUUGGGACACCCAUUAAAAGACCCAUCUUCAAUUUUAUUGAGGAACAUUCCAUUGUUAGUUAGUACUUCAACACUAUCAAAAUGAAAUGAAUGUUGUAAAAGUGUAUGGUAUAAAUUACAGCAGCAUUUCUUAAAGAGUGGGUCGCGACGUAAAUGUAUAAUUAUUUCAUUAAUUACUGGAGUUUAUUUGGCCAAGUGAAACUGCGCUCUCGGUUCAGUGCGCUCUCUGCUCAGUUUGGCAGCUGCGCGAGUGGGAGAGGUAGAGGGAGAUGCCCUUCUGCUUCGCGGUUUUCCAGAUUUUUUUCCCUGCAGUUUGGUUGAAAAUCACUCCGCGACCCACACGCUGCAGCGCUGUGGUUCAAGCCGCUGAUUUGUUAUUCCCAGUCGCCAUCAUGAAACGGACUCAUGUUAACCACAGUUCUGACUGAGCUCAAUCGUCAUGAAACGCAAAUACAGUGAUUACUUUUUGUCUCUUUCAUACAAACUUUGAGAAAUAACGAGGAGCGCCCACAAUGUGUUUUGUGUGGGGAAGUGAUAAGUAAUGAAACAAAUUAAUAAAACGACACGACCAAACAUCCAGGCACAACAUGACGGUAAACCCAGGGAGUUCUUUCAGAACAGGGCAGAAUGCUUCAGGAAACAGUGCUUCGAAAGUGGAAAAAGCUCCAAUAUGGUGAAGGAGUUUGAGAGUGUGGAGCUGGGAGACAUGGGGAUGAAGAAGCAGAAGGUGCCCCGUAGGACGAUUUACUUUGCCAGUGGCGAGACCAUGGAGGAAUACAGCACAGAUGAAGAUGAGGAAGUGCAAGUUUCUAUCGCUGUUAAGACCUCAGCUGACCCGUCCAAGUUGAAUUGGGGUCCAUACUUUUGGUUUCACAUGUGGAGAGUGGCAACCUCCACUAUUUCAGUUUGUGACUAUCUUGGGGAGAGAAUGGCCUCAUUGUUCGGAAUUACCUCACCCAAGUACCAGUAUGCUAUUGACGAGUACUACAGAAUGAAAAAGGAGGAGGAUGAGGAGGAGGAGGAGAACCGGCUGUCUGAGGAGGCAGAACGUCGUUUUGAGGAGGAGCACAACCAGGAGAUCCAGCAGCCAGCCACGGAGCAGCCGGAGGGCAAAGCCUCCUUCGUCAACGUCAGCUUCGAGCUGGAUCAAGAUCCCACACCUGAUGCCAACAGAUGUCCUGCCCCCAUCCCCACCUAACAGUUCAAUUAAAUAGGUGUUUCCAUUUUUCUCAUUUCACGAUGUAGCCUUUUUUUUUGCUAUAGCAUAGAAUUCUUAUUAUCAUAUUGAUUCAAUGAUGAAUCCUCAACAUUUUUUUCUAUCGUGUAGUUUUCUUAUUUUUGCCUAAUCGAUCAUGCUGCGUUGUAAAUAUGCAUGAACUUUUGUGUGCAAUGAACAUUGCUGUGUGUCAGUGACAAUGAAUAAACACAGGGAUGAUAUCUGAUGCUGAUUUUAACUAUUUGCAGGUUUAAGAAAUGUCUUUGAUUUUUUUUUUCAGGUACAUAACAUUGUUAUACAAUAAGUCAGCAGCUAUUUUCAGCCAGUUAGCGGCGAGAUAAGUUACCUUUUAAUAAAACUAUUCCAGAUGUGCACAAUGUUAUAGGAAUAGUAAAGAUUUAUUUGAACUGAAAAUGAUUUAUAUUCCAUGGCUAACCAUAAAUCUAUUUUAAUUUCAGAAUGACCACAAAUGUUACUAUGAGAAGUUAUGCACAGUGCUUUUCAGAGUCCAUCAAUUUAAUGUUGGGAUCUGUCCCCAGGCCUUUAAUGUAAUAACUUCACACGUUGCUCAUUGGCAUCUGUGCGAACACUUUAGACAUUACUGUUGUCCAAUCAAAGACAUUUCUUAAACCUGUCGUCCAGGGCCGUAUAUUUAGAAAUACAGUGAGCUCCAAAAGUAUUGGGACAGUGUCCAUUUGUUUUGGCUCUGUACUCCAGCACUUUGAAUUUGAAACGACUGACUUUUUGUACAUGGUCCCCUAAAAUGGGGGAACUAAAAGUAUUGGAACAAAUUCACCAAUGUAUUUGGUCCGAUAUUCCUAACACAAAUUGGGCACAAAAUAAUCUGAAACACAAACAAAACAGCAAAUGAAUCCAAUGCUUGAUGUAAUCAUUGUGUGCUAAGAAUAUGGGACCAAAUAAACUUUUGAUAACUUUGAUACACACAAGUGAACUUGUCACAAUACUUUUGGGCCCCUAAAAUGGGGGGGGGGAGAAAGAGUCCAUGUACAAAAAGUGCUGUCAUUUCUAAACGGCUCAUAUGGAUGAAAAUACCUUCAAAUUAAAGCUGACCGUCUGCAUCGAAAGUGCUGGAGUACAUAGCCAAAACAAAACACACUGUCCCAAUACUUUGAGCUCACUGUAUCUCUGCUGGAGCUGACCUUAUCUGCUAUUGUCCCUUCUCAGUGUACAGGGCUUGAGAGGGAUGCCUAAGGUAAAGCCAAACAUGUUUAAUGUUAAAAUCUGCUACUCUUUUGGAACGCAGUAUUGUCAAGAUAACUACUUUUUACCGUGUGUAAAAUUGCUUGUUUCAUUUGAAAGCUUUUUAUAAAAAUACAAAAAAUGCAUGAAAUGAAAUGUAUGCAUUCACUACUGUAAGUCGCUCUGGAUAAGAGCGUCUGCUAAAUGAGAAAUGUAAAUGUAAAAUAAUAAUUUGAGUAAAAUACAUAUUCUUUUUCUAUAUGAACUGUACAUUAAUAAACAUUUAAAUUACA